AUGAACUUGCCAGUCACAAGAAGACACCAUAGUGUCCUCCAUCCUGCAAAUGAUGGAGGAGGAAACCAAUGUACAACUGUAGCUGAAAGCUUACAAGAGGAGGACGAAAAUUUAGAAACUGAUCCUGAAGAUUGGAACUUAGCCAUCAGCAACGACAAUAAUCAACAGCCAAUAUUCCAAGAUUUUAUAAACGUCGAUGACGGUUUAAUAGUUUCAGGAGAACUUAAUGAAGGCGACAUUGUUCAUACCUUCUCGUCUUCUUCAUUGGAAAACGAAGAAAGAGACGAUGAAAUGAGCGCGGAAGUAAAUUUAGUAAAAAUUUCUAAACGCGAAGCAGUAAAAGCACUAGAAACUUUGCACAGUUAUUUUGAAAUGUCAUCAAUUGGUGACCAAAGCAUAUUUGAUAGAAUUUAUAACAUCGAAAAACAUCUGAUACUUCCAAACGACAAACUAAAAAGACAGAUUUUUAUAAUUGAUACAUUCUGUUUCCAUACUCGUACAUAUUACGUGUAA